AUGACGGAUAACAUGGACGCGGCGAGGAUCAUAGGCUAUUUCAAGGGGAAGACCAUCCUCAUCACCGGCUCGACUGGCUUUCUUGGAAAGAUUCUUGUGGAGAAGAUACUGCGGGUGCAGCCUGAUGUGAGCAGGAUCUACCUUCUCGUAAGAGCGACCGACGCGCCGUCCGCAAAGCAGCGCGUCCAACAAGAGGUGACCGACACCGAGCUGUUCAGCCUCCUGAGAGACAAGUAUGGCGAGGGAUUCGACCUGUUCAUCCAAGAGAAGGUCGUUCCUUUGGCCGGAGACAUCACGAACGAGGGCCUGGGCCUGGAGCCACCCACAUUCGACGACUUGGCCAAGGAGAUGGACGUCAUCGUCAACAUUGCUGCAACCACCAACUUCUACCAAAGAUAUGAUGUCUCGCUAAACGUGAACGUGAUGGGGGUGAAGCACCUCUACCAGUUCGCCAAGCAGUGCGCCAACCUGAAGAUGUUCAUGCAUGUCUCCUCUGCCUAUGUGUCCGGCGACAGCACGGAGCUGAUCCUGGAGAAGCCCAUCAAGCCCGGCGAGGCGUUGCGGGAAGGCAUGCGCCUCGACAUCGACGACGAGCUGCGCCUGGUCAGCGACGUCAAGAACGAACUGACGACGACGACGACGAACGGCGACGACGCGAGAGCGGCGGAGAGGAAGGCCAUGAAGGAGCUGGGCCUCCAGAGGGCACGCCACUUCGGGUGGUCCAACACGUACGUCUUCACCAAGGCCAUGGGGGAGAUGCUGCUGGGGCAGCUCCGUGGCGGCGACGAUGACAUGCCGGUGGUGAUCGUGCGGCCCAGCAUCAUCACCAGCGUGCGGUCGGACCCGGUUCCCGGGUGGAUGCAGGGCACGCGCACCAUCGACACGCUCAUCAUCGGCUACGCCAAGCAGAAUCUCUCCUGCUUCCUCGCCGACCUCCGCAUGGUGAUGGACGUCAUCCCGGGGGACAUGGUGGUGAACGCCAUGCUGGCGGCAGUGGUGGCGCACUCCGGGGAGCGCGGCGCCGGCGCCGGCGCGCAGGCCAUGACGAUAUACCAGCCCACCUCGUCGCUGCGCAACCCGGUGACGUACGCCGUGCUCUACCGCUCCGGCCGCCGCCACUUCGAGGAGCACCCGCGCGUGAAGGACAACGGCGAGGUCAUCCCCAACAACAAGAUGCGCUUCUUCACCACCAUCCCGCGGUUCCGCCUCUACAUGAUCCUCUCCUACAAGCUGCCACUCGAGAUGUUGCACAUGUCGAAUCUGCUACUCUGCGGACUCUUCUCCCAGUUGUACAAGGACUCCAACCGCAAGUACAAGCAUGUGAUGCUUCUUGUUGACGUCUAUGGCCCCUUCGCCUUCUUCAAAGGAUGCUUUGAUGACACCAACAUGGAGCGCCUGCGGUCCAUGAUGGUGAUGAACACCCCUGAAGAUGAAAUGUUCAACUUCGAUCCCAAGACCAUCGACUGGGACGAUUAUUUUUACAAAAUUCACAUACCCGGUGUUCUCAAGUACGUCUGCAAGUGA